AUGUGGGACGAAUUUUUGGACGAGCUAAGAAACCCAGUAGUGUUUGUUUAUGUGUCGAUGUUGCUAACUUGGUGUAUGGCUAGUAGCUCACAGUUAAGUGAUUCUGUUGAGUUAGAAUUCAAGGCUUAUCGUUUACAGCAAUAUGAUAUUGUUGGUACUCCUCAUGGCAGUCGUUCUUGGCAAGUAAUAUAUGAAGCCGUAUCGUUGGAUAGUAAUGUUCUUAGGCGUUGUUUGAUUGUAAAUUGGCGUGAUUUAUUAGGUCGCGAUUUGCAAGCCUUGUUUAGUCAGGCGUUUGGUGCUGUCCUCAUUGUGUUGCCGGCCAACUUAGAUGCGUUGACACCUUCAACAAAAACGAAGUUGGCAUCAUUAGAAAAAAGUCUUCUAUAUUUAAAUACUGAUAUAGCAGUGUAUGUAGUACAACACCAACCGAAAUUGCAAGCCCUCAUCACAGAAGUAACGGCAUUUUCGAAAAGAUCCUCGACUGCUGUUCAGCAACUGUUAAAUGCAGUAAGCGCAAAUAUCUUCCAAUUUUCAUCAUCAGCAUCAGUUUCGAAUAAUAUUGUGGUACCAAAACCGGCUAAUGUUAUUGGGCACCUUUGGUCAACAGAUCGAAAUUCGCCAGUAGUUGUUGUGGCUGCACAUUAUGAUAGCCAUUCAGCAGUACCAGGAUUGGCAAUUGGUGCAGAUGCUAACGGAAGUGGUGUAGCAGCACUACUCGAAUUAUUGGCAAUCUUCUCCCGCUUCUAUGGUUCUGGUGCCCAGCUAUGUUAUAUUUAUGACCGUUCUUCCGCUAUCCUGCACUCAGUAACUGCCGUCGUUUUCGAUCAACCCGUAGAAUUGAAAUCGUGUUUGGUUUUGGUAACACGAUUCUGUUCACGGAACACGAUGAAACCUAAAUAUAAUAUGAUGUUUUUGCUUACUGCUGGUGGAAAAUUCAAUUAUCAGGGUAGUCGCCAGUGGCUAGAAGAACAUAUUGAUAAACAGACCGAAACAAAGGUCGAACUUGUCUUAUGUCUUGAUUCCGUGGGAAAAGAUAGCAGCCUUAUAGCGCACGUGUCAAAAAUGCCUGCUGAAACAUCUCCUGUUGGACGGUUUUUCCUACUGCUGAAAGAUGCUGCAUCUCCAAAUCGAACUAUAGAAAUUUUAUCGAAAAAGAUCAAUCUGAACGCCGAUGUACUUGCAUGGGAACAUGAAAGAUUUUCAAUUCAACGUUUACCCGCUCUCACGCUUUCACACUUCAAAUCACAUUCUGAUUCUGGUCGAAGUUCAUUUCUGGAUACACUAUCACAGGUCGAGAUGGAUGUUUUGGAAGCAAACGUACGAACUAUCGGUGAAGCUCUUUUGAUUUAUGUGUUAAAUUUACCAAACACAAAAUGUGCGCAUGAAGAAAAUGUUUCAACUUGUUCAAUUUUGGCACCGACAGAUGUUAACAGAAAACGAUUAUCAAAUUGGUUGCAGCAAUUUGGAAGUAAAUCUCGUUCUUUGGCUGCUAACAGCGAAUGGCUUGUAGCUAAUCUUAGAGAUACUGUAAUCAGGUACACUUCUGGACAAACUGUCGUGGAACCAGUUUCCUUAGCAGACGUAUCACUUUAUGGUGUACUCGAAGAUCGCUUAAUGGCACACCGAGCGAAACCGGCUGUCUUUGAACUUUUAUUGGCAGCUGUUAUAGGACUUUAUUUAUCAGCAUUAUAUUUUAUAGCGCCAGUGUUGCAGACAUCUGUUGAAGCUAUGCUUGUUAAGCUGAAGAAAUUAUGA